CAAAUGGAGGAGGUUGUAAUCGUUGGAGCAGGCAUCGCGGGCCUAGCGACGGCAGUGGCCCUCGAUAAGGUCGGUGUACGAGCACUAGUGCUUGAGAGAGCGGAGGGGCUGAGAGCCACCGGCACGGCCAUAGCCCUCUUCCCCAAUGCAUGGCACGCGCUUGCUGCGCUUGGGGUUUCGGAUAAGCUUGCAUCCAUUUACGAACCUUUUUUCAAGGGUUACGUAACCGAUGUGAAGACCAAAGCCACUCAGGAAGUGCGUUAUGAUGCAAGCAAAGGGAGUGGAGAUGAACAAAGAGUGGUGCACCGAAAAGUCUUAUUAGAGGUCUUGGCAGAGGAAUUGCCUCCAAAUACCAUCCGUUUCUCUUCAAAGCUCACUUCCAUUGAAACCCAAGUGGAACAAGGCUCAUCUGUUUGUAUCCUCGCGCUUGAAGAUGGAACUAUCAUCAAGUCUAAGGUUGUUAUUGGAUGUGACGGAGUGCAUUCUAGAAUAGCACGUUGGUUAGGGCUCGGCACGCCGGUUGAUUCGGGCCGAUCUGGAAUUCGCGGGUUGGCCGUGUAUCCACAAGGCCAUGGGUUGAACCAUGAGCUUCGGCAAUUCGGGGAUGUCUCAAAGAGGGCUGGUUUUAUGCCUCUCAACAAUAAGGAGAUCUUCUGGUUCUUUGUUUGCAAAGCUCCUCCAAAAGAUAUUGGUGCGGACAUGGGAGGAGACCCAAAUUUACAACGAAGAGAAGUGGCUGACAAUUUAGCCAAAGAUUUUCCUCCAUUGUACCUCGACAUCGUCGGCCACUCCGACCUUUCCACCGUGACGUGGGCCCCGUUGAUGUUCCGCUACCCGUGGGACGUCAUCCUUGGGAACCUGACCCGGGCGAACAUCACGGUGGCCGGAGACGCGAUGCACCCCAUGACUCCAGACCUGGGCCAAGGUGGGUGUUUGGCCCUCGAGGACGCGGUCGUGUUGGGUAGGCACAUCAGAAGCUCGAUUUCCAAAUGGGGCGAACUCGAGACGCGUGAUAUCAGUUCCACCCUUGAGAGGUACAUGAGGGAGAGGAGGUGGAGGGCGGCGAUGUUGAUCACGGCAUCGUUCUUGUCGGGUUGGGUUCAGCAGGACGGGUCGAGUUGGCGGACGAGGUUCCUAAGAGACAUAUUCUAUAAGUUUCUGUUGGUUAGAGUCCUCAGUGCUAGUAGGUACAAUUGCGGCAAACUUUGUUAA